UCAGUCUCACAACUUAACCUGACAAACACUUUGGAUUGCUAUUAAAUAAAGCAGAGUUUUGAAGUGCAACCAUCGAAAAUUGACUGCUAAAUUAUAAUUAUUUAACUUCCUCUUAUAAAAUGCCUAAGGUACGACGCAGCAAGAAGCAGCCUCCUGAAGGCUGGGAGCUAAUCGAACCGACUCUGGAUGAACUGGACGAAAAAAUGAGAAGAGCUGAGAAGGAAUCACACGAAGGCAAACGCAAGCAGGAGUCUCUCUGGCCCAUCUUCAAAGUGCACCAUCAGAAGAGCAGAUACAUUUAUGAUUUAUUCCACAGACGCAAAGCAAUCAGCAGGGAAUUGUAUAAUUUCUGCAUUGAUGAGAAAAUUGCAGAUGCCAACCUCAUAGCCAAGUGGAAAAAAUCUGGCUAUGAGAAUCUAUGUUGUCUUAGGUGCAUACAAACCAGAGACACCAACUUUGGCACUAACUGCAUUUGCAGAGUACCAAAAGGCAAAUUGGAAGAGGGGCGGAUUGUAGAGUGUGUCCACUGUGGCUGUAGAGGAUGCUCUGGUUAAGCAAUUUGCUGAUAGAAUCAUUUAUGCUUUGGUAUUCAUGCACUUACUUUUAAAAAUAAUGAUAAUGUAAACCCUUUUUAGUAAUAAAACAAUGUGAAUCUGA